AUGAACAAUUUAUGUUGGAGAUGCACAAUUAGAAAGACUUCAUUCAAUACUGAAGAUUUUAAAUUUGGAAGUAAAGAUGCUGUUUCAGUUUACUCAUCAUCAAUUAAUGAUCAAAAAAGAUGCAAUUGUUGCAAAGAUCUACUACUAAUUGAUAACCAAUCCAAUUAUUGUAUUUUUAAGGUUCCAAAUGAAGUUAAGAAAGCCAGGCGUAGACAAUCUAAUAAAUUUAUCGCAGUUCAAGACUCUGAGUCAGGUUCAAUAAGUACUUAUGCCAUAUACAAAAAAGACAAUUUGAAUGCUGAGAACAAAUAUGAACCCAUUAAAGGAUAUUUGGGAGAAGUUUUUAGCGAAGUUUUAGCUGCUGCAGUUUCUUAUAAUAGUGGAUUGAAAGUUACAGAAGCAGGGAUUUCCAUUGAAUUAACUCCAGAGCUAAGGCUUAAUUCAGAUCAGGAUAUGUGCUUUAGCUUGAAAAGUUGCCUGAGAAACUUAUUAUUAAAUCAAAUACCCAUUAGUGUGGAUAUGAAUUUGGAUAUUCCCCAGAAUCAAGUCCAUUCUUUAAGGCUAAACCAAAACAGUGAUUUGUAUAUAAAAUUCGUUUUUUCAAGUAAAAUGCCAGCAAAUUUGGAACAUUCUGAAGGAUUUAUGUUUUCUAUUGUUGUCUCUUAUGUGUGGAAGAACGUUUAUUUACUAGGCCGUUAUAUAAAGCUCUCAAGAAGAAUAUCCCAAUCGAAGUGGGGAUUUUCAGAUCAAGACAAAAACAAAAUAAUUGUUGACACUUCUAUUGAAGAGAUUCUUUCGAAUUCCUUGAAAGAAUUAAUUCAUUUUGAGAAAUUUAUAUUUUCUUCAUCUGGCAGAGAGGAUGUUGAUGUUAGGAUGCUUGGAAAACAUGCUAAUGCGGUUUUUGACCGUGAUCUCGAUACAUAUAAAAGCGAAUACAGUAAUCAAAAUAGAGAUAACUGUUCUUCAAGACAAACCUAUGACAAAGAAUUAAUAACACCAACAGGAAGACCCUUUGCAAUAGAAAUUGGUAAUAUUCUAAAUCAUCACUACUUAUUUUACCCAAAUAAUGUCGAGUUUUUGGAUUCAAAGCAACGCUUUAAAUACUACUCGAAAGAAAGUUUUAUUCAAUUAUUUAAAGAUACCAUCAAAGAGAAAUCAAAUUCUAGACUUGAAAUUUCAGUCUUAAAUUUCUCUGAUUCUAAUUCUGUUCAGAAAAUGAAUAAAGAAGUUAACGAAAAGCGAAAGUCAUACCGUUGUAUUUGUUACACAUCUACUCCAAUUUAUAACAAUGAACAUUGCAAAAUUUCAGAGAAUCUUAAGUUUCCAAUUCUCCUUAACCAAAGAACUCCUGUUCGAGUUUUACAUCGAAGACCAAAUAUUGAUAGGGAUCGUAAAAUAUAUGAUUUAAUGAUUUUUCCUAUCAAUGAAAAUUACUUUAUUUUGGAUUUAUUAGCACAAUCUGGCACAUACAUUAAGGAAUUUGUAAAUGGAGAUCUUGGGAGAACUUCUCCAAGUCUAGGAGAUUUGAUUCGAGAAUUUUUACCUGGAAAAUGCUCUGAUGAAGAAAAGCUAAAUGUUAUUAUUGUUCAAUUGGAUGUAUUGAAUAUUCACUAA